CUUAUUAAAUAGUGGUGAUGGGCGAUCUUCAAAAGGUCCCAUACACACCAUUUGUAUACUGGGCUCAGCGUGAAGACAGAGUUUUAUUGAAAGUUGCUCUCAAGGAUGUCAAGAAUAAAGAAGUUUCUAUUGAUGGUUCAAAUUUAAAACUCAAAGCUACCGGAGCAGGACAAAAUGGAGAGCAAGAAUAUAAUUUGAAUUUGGAAUUAUACUCUACCGUACAAACUGAGAAAUGGCAUCAUAUUGAGAGAAGCAACUACAUCGAUUUCUCAUUGCUGAAGCAGAACCAAGAAUGGUGGCCCAAGCUAACUGCUAAUGGGCCAAACCCGCCAUGGCUCAAGAUAGACUUUGACCGUUGGGUUGACGAAUGCGAAGAGAAGGAGGAUGAGGAUGAGGCGGCAGGGGACUCAUUUGACCCCAGAGAUGCCGAUCGGGAGAUGUUUCGAAAGUGGGCACAGGAUGCGAGGACUAAAGAGGCCAGUGGGAUCUACUCAAAAGAUGAUAAUCAUACGCCUGUAGAAGAACUGCAGAUGAUGAUAAUGUUUUUCUACAACCUACUGCAACUAGCCCUGACUGCCUUCAUGCUGGGCUCCAUGGCCUGGAGGGCUGCCACCACAACUGACAUCAAGUACUUCGCACACAUCUACUCCACUUAUCAUAUCCCGCUCUCUAUCUCUACCGGAUUCACCAUGACUGAGGCACUCUUCGGGGCAAUCGGAUGGACCCCGGGAGGAUUCAUGAACCCACUUUUGCAGUUCUGUGGACGUAGUAUAGCGCUGGCUGUGGUGACGUUUGGAGACGUCUCCUCCCAACAGCAGCUUUCUUUCUUCCACCUGGCCUUCACCUGGUGCACCGCUGACGUCAUCCGCUUCGCCUACCUAAUGUUCAACUGCAUAGACAGACAGUCACACUACCUCACCUGGCUGAGAUACACGAUGUGGAUGCCACUCUACCCACUCGGAUUUGGAAUGGAAGUGGUUAACAUUCUGAAUUGUCUGCCCCAUUAUGUAAAGAAGGCGAAGAGUGACAAUGUGCCCUACCAUAUCAUGAUCUAUAUCUACCUACCCAUCGCUCUAUUAGGAUUCUUGAAGCUCUACUUCCAUAUGUUCAAAGUUAGAAGGAAGAAGAUUGGCUCCUCGUAUUUGGGCGACAAAAUGGAUCUCGAUGCAUUUCAGAAAGCUAAGAAGACACAAUAGAUAAACUGAACUAAACUCGCAGUUUCUAAUGACAAUGCAAUGACUUAACUAUAUUAUGAUUUGUAUAUUAUUUAAAAUUUUAUUGCGAAUUAGCAUUCAAGUUAUGAAUGAAAUUGCCACAACCUUCGAAAGUUUUUCCAUAAAAAUGUUCCAGCUAUUCACGAAAUUAAUCUUAUCCUGCAA